GCUUAAACAUUUGAAGAAUCUCCUAAAUUAAUUGACGCUUGAUUGGUUAACUUUGGGACAAGCAAGAAUUGAUUAAUUAAGUUCUCCAAUGGAUGGCUUGUUGGAUUCUUGGACUUAGAGACCAAAUAGGGAUUAAAAUUGGACGCUUGAUCCUAACCUAAUGGACUCAAAUAAUGUUCGCUUGAACUUUGGAAAGAAUCUAUUUAAGUUUUGUUGGUGCUUAACUAAUUGAACUUAAAUGCAAGAAUUUAAUUAUUAUUUGAGAUUGAGAUUUUGAACCAAGGAUAAAUCCAAAGAACGAAAAUCCACAAGUUGAAGUUUUUAUCAUCUAAGUUUAUUAUUCAACUUCUUGUUCUAAAAAUUAUAUCAAACUCCAAACCCCCCCCUUUUUUUCCAAAAUUUUGUUAAUACUGCUAAUAUAAUAAAAAGAAUUUCCUUUGAUCCUCGAGAGACGACUUUGGGGCACUACUGUGCUACAAGUUUAAACUCAUUUUACAUUUGUGUUUGAUAGAGGCUUCGACAACCUCUCGUCAAAUUGGCGCCGUUGCCGGGGAUUAAAGGUGUCAUUUUGUUAUAUUAGAUAUCUUUCAUUUUAUUUUAUUUUCAUUUUCUCUUUGUAUUUUUGUAUAGUGUAUGACAAGAUCUUCUACUAGUCCUUUACUUGAUUUGGAUCCUGAAAUUGAAAGAACACUAAGGAUAACUAGAAGAAGACUUUUUAGAAAUACUUCUAAUAAUCAAAACAAUAACAUGGCUGAUAAUAGGACACUAAAACAAUUGGCUGCACCUGAUGUUUCAAAUCCACCUUUAUGCAUUCAAUUUUCUGCUGAUGAGGAUGACUGUGAACUAAAAUCAAGUUUAGUUCAUUUGUUACCCAAAUUUCAUGGACUUUCAGGUGAAGAUCCCCACAAGCACUUGAAAGAGUUUCAUGUUGUAUGUUCAACCAUGAAACCCGCUGGUAGCAAUGAAGAAAGCAUAAAGUUGAAAGCAUUCCAGUUUUCACUAGUUGAUGCAGCCAAGGAGUGGUUGUAUUAUCUCCCUCCUAAAAGAGUCACAUGGGAUGAAAUGAAGAGACUGUUUCUAGAAAAAUACUUUCCUGCUUCUAGAACUGCAGCCAUAAGAAAGAGCAUAUGUGGCAUCAAGCAAAUGAAUGAUGAAACACUACAUGACUAUUGGGAGAGAUUCAAGAGGCUAUGUGCAAGUUGUCCACAACAUCAAAUCAGUGAGCAACUUCUAAUUCAAUACUUUUAUGAAGGUCUCCUACCAAUGGAUAGAAGCAUGAUCGAUGCUGCUAGUGGUGGUGCUCUAAUGGAUAAAACUCCUGCUGCUGCCAAAGACUUGAUUGCAAAUAUGGCAGCCAACACACAACAAUUUGGUGCAACAAGAGGAACUAGUUCAAGGUCAGUAAAUGAGGUACAAUUAUCUAGUACUGAACAUCAAAGACUAGAGAAUAGAUUAGAUGAAUUGACCUCUUUGGUGCGAGGAUUGGCCAUGAUGAAACAAGCGCCUGCUAAACUCUGUGGCAUUUGUGCUUGUCCCUCUCAUCCAACUGAUGCAUGCCCUCAGCUACAAGAAGAUAAUCCUGAAGAAGUAGCUGCUGUAAAUAACUUCCCAAAUUCCUCACAACCAAGAAAUGACCAAGCCAGAAAUAACUUCAAUCCCAGAUACAAUGAUCAUCCUGGUUUCAGAUGGAGCAACAACAACACAUCACAACAACAACCAUUUCCAAAUAGGCAACCUUUCCAACAAGCUCCAAGGCAGUCAAUGCAACAACCACAACAACAACAAAAUAACCCUUCCUUGGAGGACCUUGUAAAACAAAUGGCUAUGCAAAACUUGCAAUUCCAACAAAGAACUGAUGCUAGCAUUCAAAACUUGGAAAAGCAAGUAGGACAAAUGGCAUCUUCCAUAAGCCAACUUCAAGCACAAGGAUCAAGUAAGUUGCCUUCUCAAACUAUUCCUAAUCCUACAGGAAAUGUUAGUGCCAUCACACUUAGAUCUGGAAAGACUGUGGAAGUUAAAAAUGAUGUGAAACCUGCCACUGCAUCUGAGAAAUCUGAAAACAAGGAGAAGCAAUCUUUCCAGUCAAAGGAUGAAGAGCCAAGCAUUCCACUACCCUUUCCACAAAGAGUUUUACAAACUAGGAAAGCUGAAGCUGAAAAAGAUAAAGAAUUGCUUGAGACUUUCAGAAAGGUAGAAGUAAACAUUCCUCUGCUAGAUGCAAUCAAACAAAUCCCUAGAUAUGCCAAAUUCUUGAAGGAAAUGUGCACCCAUAAAAGAAGGCUGAAAGGGAAUGAAAAAAUAAGUCUGGGAGAGAAUGUUUCUGCUAUCAUUCAACCAAUGCCUCAGAAAUGCAAGGAUCCAGGUACGUUCACUAUCCCUUGUACAAUAGGUAAUUGCAUAUUUGAAAAUGCCAUGUUAGACUUAGGUGCAUCUAUCAAUGUCAUGCCUAUGUCUAUCUUUAAAUCUUUGGGGCUUGGUCCUUUAAUUCCAACUGGUGUGGUGAUUCAACUUGCAAAUAGAAGUAGUACUUACCCUUCAGGAUUAAUUGAAGAUGUCUUAGUUAGAGUAGGAGAACUAAUUUUUCCUGCUGACUUUUAUAUCCUAGAGAUGGAGGGUGAAACUACAACUAAGGUACCAAUCAUUUUAGGUAGACCUUUUCUUAAAACUGCAAAAACAAAAAUAGAUGUGCAUGCUGGAACUCUUUCCUUAGAGUUUGGUGAUAAUAUAGUCAAGUUCAACAUUCUAGAUGCCAUGAAACACCCUAGGGAAGAACACUCUGUAUUUCACAUUGAUUUGUUGGAUGACUUGGUUGAUUGUUAUGCACAUGACCAUUUAUGCAUUGAAUUUCCUGACAUACAUGAUCUUGAUGAUACCAUAAAUUGUCAUUCAUGCAUAAACAAUAAAUCAGAAUGUGCUGCUUGUACUGAAAUAGAAGAAUUUUUAAGCACUAACAAUUUUGCUGAGGAAUAUAAAAAAGAAAAAUAUGCAGAAAUUUUAGCUGCAGAAUUGAUAACAACAAACAGAAUGUUGCCCUCCAUUGUGCAACCACCAGCAUUAGAGCUAAAACCGCUUCCUGAUCAUUUGAAGUAUGCUUACCUUGAAGAAGGUUGUAAACUUCCGGUCAUUGUUGCAAAAGACUUAGAUGCUGAACAAGAAAGGAUGUUGUUACAAGUUUUGAAGGACAACAAAAAGGCAAUAGGGUGGACACUUGCAGAUCUCCCUGGAAUCAGUCCUUCUACCUGUAUGCAUCGGAUUCUCCUUGAAGAAGAUGCUAAACCAGUAAGGCAACCUCAAAGGAGACUUAAUCCUCAAAUUUUGGAAGUAGUAAAGAAAGAGAUAUCUAAGUUGCUCCAAGCAGGUAUCAUAUAUCCUAUCUCUGAUAGCAAAUGGGUAAGUCCUGUUCAAGUUGUUCCAAAAAAAUCUGGAGUGACUGUAGUAGCAAACAAAGACAAUGAACUAAUUCCAACGAGAGUGCAAAAUAGUUGGAGAGUUUGCAUUGACUAUAGAAAAUUGAACCAAGCCACAAGAAAAGAUCACUUUCCGUUGCCAUUCAUUGAUCAAAUGCUUGAACGAUUGGCUGGGAAAUCCCAUUACUGCUUCUUGGAUGGAUACUCAGGAUACUUCCAAAUCCACAUAGCACCUGAAGACCAACAUAAGACCACAUUCACUUGUCCUUUUGGAACUUUUGCAUACAGAAGGAUGCCAUUCGGCCUAUGCAAUGCUCCUGGUACUUUUCAGAGAUGUAUGGUAAGUAUUUUCUCUGAAUUUCUAGAAGAUUGUAUGGAAGUUUUUAUGGAUGAUUUCACUGUCUAUGGGUCUUGUUUUAAAACAUGUCUAGAUAAUUUAUCCAAGGUGCUACACAAAUGCAUUGACUCUAAUCUUGUCUUGAAUUUUGAAAAAUGUCAUUUCAUGGUAAAACAAGGCAUAGUUCUAGGUCAUGUCAUUUCUGAAAGAGGUAUUGAGGUAGAUCCUGCUAAAGUAGAAGUUAUUUCUAGUUUAUCUUACCCCGCAUGCGUGCGGGAAGUGCGUUCCUUUCUUGGUCAUGCAGGAUUUUAUAGGCGCUUUAUCAAAGACUUCAGCAAGAUAGCAUUGCCACUGUCUCGCUUGCUACAAAAGGAUGUUGAAUUCAAUUUUGACCAAAAGUGCAAGGAGGCAUUCCAUACACUGAAGAAAGCUUUGACAAGCACGCCUAUAAUACAACCACCAUACUGGACACUCCCUUUUGAACUGAUGUGUGAUGCAUCCAACUAUGCUCUGGGAGCAGUUUUGGCCCAAAGAAUGGGCAAGGCACCUCAUGUCAUAUAUUAUGCUUCUAGAACUUUGGAUGCUGCACAAGCCAAUUACACUACCACAGAAAAGGAACUUUUGGCUAUUGUUUUUGCAUUAGACAAAUUUCGAUCUUAUUUGCUAGGUUCCAAGGUGAUAGUGUUCUCUGAUCAUGCUGCUUUGAAGUUCCUACUAAAAAAACCAGAUGCAAAACCUAGGUUACUACGGUGGAUGCUUUUACUCCAAGAAUUUGAUUUGGAAAUAAGAGAUAAAAGUGGAGCUGAAAACUUGGUUGCUGAUCACUUGAGCAGAAUUGAACAACCACUUGAUCCGAUACCCAUACAUGAUACUUUUCCUGAUGAGCAAUUGUUGAAAGUUCAGACAAUCAUUCCAUGGUUCGCCGAUUUGGUAAACUUUCUUGUUGCUAAUGUUCUGCCUAAAAAAGCAUCUAAAUCUUACAUUGCUAAAUUAAAGAGUGAUGCAAAAUAUUUUGUAUGGGAUGAUCCUUAUCUUUGGAAAUAUGGUAGUGACCAAAUAAUUAGGAGAUGCAUACCUGAUCAUGAAAUUCACUCUAUUCUUAGCUUUUGUCAUAAUCAUGCAUGUGGUGGUCAUUUUGGUCCCCAACGAACAGCUAGGAAAAUUUUGGAAUCAGGAUUUUAUUGGCCUACUAUUUUCCAUGAUGCAUAUCAAUUUUGUAAAACUUGUGAACAAUGUCAAAGGACUGGUAAUAUAACUCGAAGGAAUGAGAUGCCCCAACAACCUAUGUUAUUUUGUGAAAUUUUUGAUGUUUGGGGUAUAGACUUCAUGGGUCCAUUUCCCACAUCCUUUGGUUUUGUUUACAUUUUACUUGCUGUUGAUUAUGUAUCCAAGUGGGUGGAAGCUAAAGCCACUCGAACUGAUGAUUCAAAAGUUGUUGUGGAUUUUGUUAGGUCUAACAUUUUCUGCAGAUUUGGCAUUCCAAGAGCCAUCAUCAGUGAUCAAGGGACGCAUUUUUGCAACCGCAAUUUGGAAAGCCUCUUGAGAAAAUAUGGUGUUGUACAUAAAACUGCUACAGCUUAG